AUUAUGAAUUUAUCAUACAAGUGUCGUUCAAAACUGUUUGAUUUCUGUGUUCUUUCCUUACUUCUCUUCCUUUCCUUCCGCCGCUUGCAGCGACGCGAUUUUCACGAUUUCCUUCGCACCGCUCUCAUCUCUAUCUGUGGUUAAUGGCAUCUUCAGCAGCCUUGCGGCUAAACAAUCUUCGAAGACACCUGGAUUUGGAUGACACUGCCAACAAGGCUGCAGGAGUCAAUCCUGUUGGAGCAUCGCUCAACGUGAAGGUAGCUCCAGAGGUUUCUGAAGCAUUAUCACUAGGGCGUGCAGUUGUUGCUCUGGAAUCUACCAUUAUUUCGCAUGGGAUGCCAUAUCCCCAAAAUUUGGAAACUGCAAAAGCGGUUGAAGCUAUUGUGAGAGAGAAUGGUGCGGUUCCUGCAACUAUGGCAAUUUUAGACGGCGUGCCUUGCAUAGGUCUAAGUGGGGAAGAACUUGAAAGGUUAGCUAUUUUGGGAACCAAAGCACAGAAAACAGCUCGAAGGGAUAUUGCAUAUGUUGUGGCUAGAGGUGGAAAUGGUGCUACUACUGUUUCCGGCACAAUGUUCUUGGCUUCUAUGGUUGGUAUUCAUAUCUUUGUGACUGGUGGAAUGGGGGGAGUGCACAGGCAAGGGGAAAAUACUAUGGACAUAUCUUCAGAUCUCACCCAUCUUGGAAGAACACCAAUAGCAGUUAUAUGUGCUGGUGUAAAGUCAAUAUUGGAUAUCCCUAGGACUCUUGAAUAUCUGGAAACACAAGGAGUUUGUGUUGCUGCUUACAAGACCAAUGAGUUUCCUGCCUUUUUCACAGCAUCAAGUGGCUGCAUGGUUCCAUGCCGGGUAGAUACCCCUGAAGAAUGUGCUUCCUUAAUAGAAGCAAACAUCAACCUCAAGCUUGGAUCUGGAAUUUUGAUAGGAGUUCCUAUUCCUCCAGAGCACUCAACAUCUGGACAUAUAAUUGAAUCUGCCAUAAAAAAAGCCAUUCAAGAAACAAAGGAAAAUAAUAUAUUAGGAAACGCCAUAACUCCUUUCUUGCUCGAUAGAGUAAACACACUCACUGGAGGUGUCUCACUUGCUUCAAACAUUGCUCUUGUCAAGAAUAAUGCCCAACUUGGGGCUAAAGUUGCCGUCGCCCUUGCUCAGCUAAGGAAAAACAGUCAAAGGAAACAAGAGACAGAAUAGCACAAUAGAAGAUAUGUUGAAGAAAAUAAUUGUUAGUUUGCAUGGCUGGGAUUAAGAAGUUUUAGACAUAAAUUUAUUUGACAGAAGUGUUAAUCAGUAUCUCUUUCUCUUACACCAUGUUUGGCUUUGGAAAGAAACAUGGAGGAAUAAAGAGUGAAAAAUAAGGAGGGUUUAAAUUGUUUGGCAGGACUCAGGAGAUAAUGGAAAUAAAAUUUUAAAAAUUAUCUCCUUUUAUUUAAUUGUAUAGAAAGUGAGAGGGAAAGUUCAUAUUGUAAAAUGACAUAAAUAUUACUCUUAUUCCAAAAUAACAACCUACAUGCAAAAAAAUAAAAACUUUUCCCAAAAUCAUAAAUCCAUUUUAAAU